AUGUGCUUUCGGGGUAAGCUCUGGAAAUUCCUAGGCUUCCUCGUGAGCCAACGGGGUAUAAAAGCUAACCCUGACAAGAUUCAACCCCUGCUUGACAUGAAAAGCCCGACUGGCAUAAAGCAAGUACAGAGUCUGAUUGGACGUGUGGCCGCGCUCAGCAGGCUGAAGGAUUUUGUCUAUAAGAACAUAAUUUAUCGGUUUGGGAUUCCUCACACAAUAAUAAUCGACAAUGGGAAACAAUUCGAUAGUGAAGAUUUCAGGACCUUAUGCGAGUGGCUUGGCAUCAAGAAGAGUUUCACUGCCGUCUAUCGGCCUCAAGCCAAUGGACAAGUAGAGGCUAUGAACAAAGUAAUCAAGCACACCAUAAAGAAGAAGCUCGACGACCUUAAAAGGAGAUGGACUAAUGAGUUGCCAGAAGCUUUAUGGUCCUACAGAACAAUUGCCAGGAGCUCGACAGGCGAAACCUUAUUUUCUUUAUCUUAUAGAUGUGAGGCGAUGGUCCCAGUUGAAGUAGGAAUUAGUUUGUUCCGAAUAGAAGCCUUUGACGAAGGAGCAAACGAAGACCUUCUUCGCCUGAGGCUAGACUUGAUCGAAGAACAUCAGGCCAAAUCUUAG